AUGGACGCGCCUGGCGCGACAGAGGCAAUGGAGGGUGCCCACCAGGACAAUCUGGAGCUGGAUGCAUCUGUUGCGCAGAAUGUCAACGAAACCAGUGACGAACAACAUCGGCCCGAUCGGUCUACACCUACAGAGCACAACGAUGACGACGAUAACCACGAGGACGACGACGAGGAAGAGGGGGACGAAUAUGAAGAAGAAGAAGAGGAUGAGGAUGAGGAAGACGAAGAGCCGCACCUCAAGUAUGCGUACUUGACGAAGCAUCUGGGGUCGGUAUACCGCAAUGGGGACGCAACGAGCUCAUUCCUCACCGCUGGGGACAAGAUGUUUAUCGGAACACAUAAUGGGAAUAUUCAUGUUCUGUCGUUACCUCUGUUGCAACCUCUUCGUGUGUACCACGCACAUUCGGCGAGCAUCACCUCUAUUUCAAUAUCGCCUUACCCUCCUCCUUUACCAACCACCAAAUCAGACUAUUUGAACAGAGCUCCUACCGAAGAACAGGUCUCUUCACCGAGAAUUUCGUCCGGCUCAGCCAGUCUCCGCGGCCAACGCAGGUUAAGUCACCAACCAGCUCUUGCUGCAACACCUUCGAACUCAAUCUACAUUGCGACAUCCUCUAUCGAUGGAAAUGUAUGCGUUGCGUCUUUAGUGGACCCUAAAGAUGUUCUUCUACGGAAUUUCGGCCGACCAGUUCAAGCGGUCGCAUUGUCACCAGAAUACAAGAGUGACAGGAUGUUUCUAUCGGGCGGGCGAGCGGGUGAUUUGAUUCUUACAACGGGCGGGCGAGUGGGGGCAAGUACAAAUUCAACGACAAUGGGCGGCGCUGCCGCCGCCGCUUCGAGCUGGCUUGGAUCGAUAGGGCUGGGUGCCAACAGCGGCAAAGACACCAUACUGCAUGGUGGGGAGGGUGCCAUCAGCACGAUCAAAUGGUCUUUGUCAGGAAAAUAUGUGGCUUGGGUCAACGAAGAAGGAAUUAAGAUUAUGCGAUCGAGUUUACAUCUUGAUUCGGCUGACUACGAACUUGCGUGGAAACGCCUAAGUCACAUCGAUCGUCCGAACCGUCCGGGUUGGGAAGAAAUGGCUAGUGUUUGGAAAGCCCGUGCGGAAUGGAUCGAUGUGAAUUCUCUGGAGAGCCAGGAGAACCAGUCUUCUAAUAACACACCGCAUCGUGAUGGUUCGACUCCCCCUCAGUCAGUGGCAGUCAACGAAAAUGUUGAAAAGCUAGUUGUUGGAUGGGGGGGAACUGUCUGGGUCAUCGAUGUCUAUCCUGAUAGACCAAACAAAAAUCUCAAGAAUCAGAACAUUGGCUCCGUGGAAGUUUCUGCGAUAUUACGGACUGAUUGUAUUAUAUCUGGUAUCUCAUUAUAUACCCCUAAUCUUCUUGCAGUUCUUGCAUAUAUCGAGGUGGAAGAUGAUCCUUCAGACUUGCGGUCUAAACACGGCACGCUUCACCCUGGAACACACCACCGAUCAAAGGCUCUGGAGCCCGAACUUCGCCUUAUUGACAUUGAAACCAAAGAAGAGAUCAGUGCCGAUACCCUUUCCGUCGGUCGUUACGAAAAGCUCACUUCCUCGGACUAUACCAUGAGCGUUCUACCCCCAUGGACGACCACUGCAUCUGCUGUUCAGCGAGGAACAUUGGGGGUUCUUGGGAAUGGCCUGUGGGAUGCAACCAUGUAUCCUGCGCGGUUGUUUAGUUCUGGAGCAAGCGUACGCAGUACAACAAGCAGUGGUGAUAAAGGCUCUGGAUGGGCGCCAAGUAAUUUUUCCUCGCGGCGACUCUCCGCCGAUGACUCUUUGCCCAAAGAAGUGCAGGAUGUCGUAGGAAGUGCUGGUCUAAGGAUCUUCAUCCAUAGUCCAUACGAUUGUGUCGUUUCCGUGAAAAGGGAUCUUUCGGAUCGAUUAACAUGGCUAAAUACACAUGCAAAGUAUGAAGAGGCCUGGAAGCUCGUCGAUGAACACCCUGAGGCAGCUGGGUCUACGAAUGAGACACAAGAUAACAUAUCUGGCUCCCCACCCAGAUCCCAGAUUCAAAGCAGCCUUGGUGAAUUUUUUGCCGAUGAUCGAUCAUCAGUCACAACGACCGGUCGGGCAGCUAUUUCCGCUGCCGAACAGGAGAAGCGCCGUAUUGGCGAGCUUUGGAUUGAGCAGCUCGUUGAAGAGACCAAAUGGAAUGAGGCUGCUGAAGUUUGUGCUAAGGUGGUUCAUACCGCACCUAGAUGGGAGCAUUGGGCUUGGAAGUUCAUCAAGAAUGAUAAGUUUGAUGAGGUUUCUCCUCAUAUUCCCACUGACUUAGACCCACCUCUUCCCCCGGCUAUCUAUGAGGUGGUACUUACGCAUUACAUCUCUCAUGAUCGACAUCGGUUCAAUGGACUUGUGGAUUCAUGGCCAUUGGAUCUGAUUGAUGCCAAUGAUGUGGCCGGAGCCAUUGAGCACCAACUCAAAUCUGAAUCGGUCACACCCGAAUCAGAAGAUUGGCGUAUCUUGAUGGAGGGUCUUGCCAAACUACGCUUAGCAGGUGGUCACUAUCGUGAAGCAUUGCGCUGUUACAUCCAACUCAAAGACGCAGACACAACCAUGUCCUUAAUACGAGACCACCGCCUACUGGAUGCAGUCUUUGAUGAUAUUCCUUCAUUUAUCAUGAUCCGCGUGUCCAAGCAACAGAUGAAGUCGGCCCCUAUAUCUGAGCUCGAAGAACUGACGGCAGAGCCUGUCAAACUUCUUGCUAGCGAGUCGUACACUGGAAUUGUCCGUCCGGAAAUUGUAGUCAAUCAAUUAAUGGAUGCCAACCGACUUCUUUUUCUCUACUUUUACCUGCGGGCUCUCUGGCGAGGGGAGUCGCUUCAUGAUGAUUCUACUCCGAAACCUCGCAGAGGGCGGGGUGCUCAUGUACGGGAUGCAGCGAACAAGUUGGCAGCUGACGAAGGGAAAGCGUUGAUCGAUGGUGUUGCAGAUAUAACCGUGGAGAUUUUUGCCGACUAUGAUCGUCCACUAUUGAUGGAAUUCCUGCAAACCAGCACUUCUUACUCUUUUGACACUGCCAGCUCCAUCUGUGAAAGCCGUCACUUCACCACCGAGCUUAUAUAUCUACUCUCGAAAAUGGGACAAACAAAGAGGGCCCUGAACCUGAUUCUCUCUGACUUGAAGGAUGUCUCAAAGGCUAUAUCUUUUGCCAAAUCCCAAAACGAUCCCGAUCUUUGGGAAGACCUCCUCGACUACUCAAUGGAAAAGCCUCGUUUCAUCCACGGACUUCUCGUGGAGGCUGGAACGGCCAUCGAUCCCAUCAAGCUCGUGCGACGUAUUCCAAGUGGCUUAGAAAUUGAAGGUCUAAGAGAAGGCCUUAGUCGUAUGAUGCGAGAACAUGAUCUCCAGGCCAGUAUCAGCCAGGGAGCCGCCAAGGUUCUCCAAAGUGAGGUUGCAGUAGGCAUGGACGCAUUACGUCGUAGUCAAAGGCGAGGAAUCAAGUUUAAUGUCGUCCAAGAGGAAGAGAAUCCAACGGACGGCCAGUCAGAGGCCGAUGGGAAGAGCGAACCAAAGAGUGACGCCGACACCGAAAAGACUACAAUUCCCUCUAAGCCUUCUACCUCACAACCUGGAAGAUGUGCUGGCUGUCAUGCCCCCUUCAAUGCUAAUGAAAAAGAGGUCCUUGUCGGUUUCGCCUGCGGUCAUGUAUUCCACCUAUCGCACGUCCACCCCGAACCCCCAACUACCGCUGAUGAAACCCUAACAAAUCCUCAUACUCCACGACCAUUUUCCCCCUUCCCUACCCCCACAAUGCAAGAUGUUUCCAUGUCUACAUCCCGAACAGUUGGGCCUAAGGUGACAACUGCUCGACUUCUCAGGGAUAGAAUCGGGAAUGGAUGUCGGAUAUGUGCUUUGUCCAAAGAGAUUGAAGCAAUUGGCGACUCAGAUACGUGA